GCCAACCGCAAAUCACAAAAUCGGCAACGAAAAUUGGCGGAACAGCAUCGCGAAGCGGCCUCGAGACUGGUCCCUCUUUUCUUCCCCCCCUUCCUGCUGCCGCAUUUCUCGCCCGAACCACCUCCUCCCUCCCUCCUCUCCUUCCAGCUGUACGCGACAAUCCCCCUCUGUCCUGCCCAGCAUGGCUACCGAUACCGAGAGCUUCAUCCACCUCUCGCGCCCUUUGGCGCCGAACACCGUCGGGCUCCAGACUAACCUUGCCCCGCUCACCGUCAACAUCCAGCCUCAGGCCGUUCUCUCCAUCCUCGACCACGCCGUCCGACGAGACAUCCGAGACACCCAGUCCACCCGAGUCAUCGGCGCCCUCGUUGGCACCCGUUCCGAAGAUGGCACCGAAGUCGAGGUCCGCUCAUGCUUCGCCAUUCCCCACACCGAGGAGGAGGAUCAGGUCGAGGUCGAUGUCGAGUACCAGAAGAACAUGCUCGCCCUCACCCUGAAGGCCAACCCCCGCGAGGCCCUGCUCGGCUGGUACACCACCUCUCACGAGCUCAACAGCUUCAGCGCCCUCAUCCAGAAUUUCUUCGGAAGCCCCGACACCGGCACUUUCCCUCACCCCGCCGUCCACAUGACCAUCUCCACCGAGCCCGGCGAGGAUAUCCAGACCCGAUGCUACAUCAGCGCCCCCGUGGCCGUCAACGCCGAGCGAGCCGCCGAGAGCUGCCUGUUCAUCCAGGUCCCCCACAAGCUUCUGUACGGUGACGCUGACCGAAGCGCCCUUGAGACCAUCGCCAGCGCAAAGGACUCCGAGACGAGGACAGCCCCUCUUGUGUCCGAUAUUGAGGGUCUCGGCCGAUCCAUCGAGCAGACCAUCAGCCUCCUGGAUCGCGCCAGCGAGUGGAUCAACGGCGUCCUAGACGAGGACGAGGAGCCCAACAACGCCAUCGGCCAGUACCUCAUCAACGCCCUGUCCCUGGCCCCCAAGGUCGACCCCUCCCAGAUCGAGUCCGACUUCAACAACCACAUCCAGGAUGUUCUCAUGGUUAGUUACCUAGCGAACACCAUCCGCACCCAGAUCGACCUGUCCCAGCGGUUGGCCGUUGCCAACCUGACCACUCCCGAGAAGGACGGCGAGGGCAAGUCCGACGAGAAGGGCGGCAACCAGCGUGGAGGCAAGCGAGGAGGACGAGGUGGCGGCCGUGGUGGCGGCCAACAGCGAGAGCCCCGGGAACCCCGCGAGCCCGUGGAGUAGGAAGAUUGUGGAAUUUUGACGACGCACGGCCAGGCAGAAAGGAAAUCCCAACGAAAGAAAAGUUGGGGAUAAUUCCCUGGCAGGAAUGUGAGACGAGGCAUGGGUAUUGUAUUCCAAUAAAAUCAUGGCGUUGUGGUAGGCUUGAGAAUUCUGGCACUUCGGGCCUUAGAAAUGAAUUCAAUCGUCACAUAAAAAACCUCACUCCGGGACGCAAGAGAAUUACGUCACAAUUGUAUUG